AUGCCCUCUUUCCUGUUGCUGGAAGUCCUCUUCAUUUUCCUGUUUUCUGGAGUACGCCAGUCUCAUCCUCUUCAGGAAGUCCACGUAAGCAGGGAGACCAUUGGGAAGAUUUCAGCGGCCAACAAAAUGAUGCAGUGCUCGGCUGCAGUGGACGUCCUGUUUCUGAUAGAUGGAUCGCACAGUGUCGGGAAGCGGAGCUUUGAAAGAUCUAAGCACUUUGCCAUCAUGGUCUGUGACGCUCUGGACAUCAACCCUGAGAGGGUCAGAGUGGGAGCACUCCAGUUCAGUUCUACUCCUCGUCUGGAAUUCCGCUUGGAUUCGUUUUCAUCCCAACAGGAAGUGAAGGCAAAAAUGAAGAGGAUGGUCUUCAGAGGAGGGCACACAGACACAGGCCUCGCCCUGAAAUACCUUCUGCGCAAGGGGUUCCCCGGGGGCAGAAAUGCCUCCGUGCCCCAGAUCCUGGUCGUCUCCACUGACGGGCGGUCCCAAGGGCAAGUGGCGACACCCGCCGAGCAGCUGAAGGAAAGAGGCGUCACCAUAUUUGCCGUGGGGGUCCGGUUUCCGAGGUGGGAGGAGCUGCACACACUGGCCAGUGAGCCGAAGGAGCAGCACGUGUUCAUGGCCGAGCAGGUGGAGGAUGCCACCAACGGUCUUUUAAGCACCCUCAGCAAGUCUGCUGUCUGCACCGUUGCCUCUCCAGACUGCAAGGUCCAGCCUCACCCCUGUGAGCGCAAGACGCUGGAGACGGUCAGGGAGCUUGUUGGCAGUGCCCCGUGCUGGAGAGGAUCCCGGGGGACCGAUGCCGUGCUGGCGGCGCUCUGUCCCUUCUCCAGCUGGAAGAGAGUGUUCCUAACCCACCCUGCCACCUGCUACAGGACCACCUGCCCAGGCGCUUGUGACUCGCAGCCCUGCCAGAAUGGAGGCACAUGUGUUCCAGAAGGACGGGACAGGUACCACUGCGUCUGCCCGCCGGCGUUUGGAGGGGAGGCUAACUGUGCCCCCAAGCUGAGCCUGGAGUGCAGGAUCGACGUUCUCUUCCUGCUGGCCAGCUCAGCGGGCACCACCCCGGAGGGCUUCCUGCGGGCCAAGGCCUUCGUGAAGCGGUUUUUGCAGGCGUCGCUGAGCGAGGACUCCCGGGCCCGCGUGGGUGUGGCCUGGUACAGCGGGGAGCUGGCCCUGGCGGUGCCCGUGGGCGAGUACCGGGACGUGCCGGCCCUGCUCAGGAGCCUCGACGGCCUUCCCUUCGGUGGUGGCGCCACUCUGACGGGCCACGCCCUGCAGCAGGCGGCGGACCACGGCUUUGGGAGCACUGCCAGGACGGGCCAGGACCGUCCACGCAGAGUGGUGGUCCUGCUCACCGAGUCACCGUCCCAGGACGAGGUGGCCGGCCCUGCGCGUUACGCGAGGGCCCGAGAGCUGCUCCUGCUGGGAGUGGGCACUGAUGCUGUGCGGGCGGAGCUGGAGGAGAUCACCGGCAGCCCGAAGCGCGUCCUGGUCCACGCCGGCCCACAGGACCUGUUCCACCGAAUCCCUGAGCUGCGGCGGAAGCUGUGCAGCCGGCCGCGGCCAGGCUGCCAGGCACAGUCACUGGACCUGCUCUUCAUGUUGGAUGCCUCAGCCUCGGUGGGGCCCGAGAACUUCGCCCAGAUGCAGAGCUUCGUGAGAAGCCUCAUGCUGCCGUUUGACGUGAACCCGGACGUGACGCAGGUCGGCCUGGUGGUGUACGGCAGCCGGGUCCAGACAGCCUUCGGGCUGGACACCCAUCUGACCCGUGCCGCGGUGCUGCGGGCCACAAGCCAGGCCCCCUACCUGGGCGGGAUGGGCUCGGCAGGCACAGCCUUGCUGCACGUCUAUGACAAAGUGAUGACAGUCCAGAGGGGCGCCCGGCCUGGUGUCCCCAAAGCCAUGGUGCUGCUCACAGGCGGGACGGGGGUGGAGGACGCAGCUGUCCCUAUCCAGAAGCUGAGGAACAACGGCGUCUCCGCGUUGGUGGUGGGCGUGGGGCCUGUCCUGAGGGAGGCGCUGAGGAGGCUCGCGGGUCCCCGGGACUCCCUGAUCCACGUGGCAAGCUACACAGACCUGAGGUACCACCAGGACGCGCUCCUCGAGUGGAUAUGUGCAGAAGCCAAGCGGCCGGUCAGCCUGUGCAAGCCCAGCCCGUGCCUGCAUGAGGGCACCUGCAUCCUGCAGAACGGGAGCUACCGCUGCGAGUGCCGGGACAGCUGGCAGGGCCCCCACUGUGGGAACCGGUCCUUGCGAGGAGACGCCCCCGCAGGAGGGCAGCAGUCCUACGCCUCCCAGCGCCCGCCCAGGAGGCCUGGGCACCCCGGGCGCUGA